AUGCAUAAUGUAUACACAAUCCUCAAUGGAAGGGACUAUCCAGAGCAAGUGGCGGCGUUAUCGGUGGUAAAUGGUCACCGCAGGUCGGGAAGUUUGGUGGUACUGGUGGUAAAUCUGCGUGGGUACCCACAUGAAGCACCAGGUUCAUCCCGAUCACGAUGUGGAACAAGAAGUGACAGUGGAACAGCCAGUAUCCUGUUUUUGGAACAAAUUUUUAGGUUCACCAUCAGUAGCAAUCAAAGUGAGUUCAUGACCUUGGAAGGUGAUCUGAGCUGGACAAACACUUCCAAAGGAGUUGAUCAAUCGGAACCUGUACCUGCGUCCAGGAGUCACAGUGAAUACUUCUAG